AAGAAACUUUCAACAACCAAAACGUAAUGGUAAAAAUUCAGCUACAGGAUGUAAGCCAGAAUGACAACCUGUCUGCGGCAUUUUUAAAGCAAAAGGACGCUCUGAACGGCUCUAAAACACUGACAAAUCUCAUUGGAUAUUCCAGCACGCAUGCCGUGCCAAAUAAUACAGUUUUCUUGCUGACAACUACGAAAGCCAUACUGGAAGAAACGAUGACAGGGGACAAGGUUGACCGCAGCGUUAUAGACAAGGCGACCUUUGGAACAUUCUGCAGCUUGAAUUCAAGUGCUGCGGUGAUAAGGUACAGUGAGAGGCAACCAGACAACAGUGUUGGCCAAGCGAUGGCAGAAAUGUUGGGAUCUCAGAAAUACACAAAAAUGCACACAAGCGAUAAACGCAAGAUGAAAGAAGUUCUGUCGUACGUACACACGAUUAUUGUGCUACUUUACUUUGCCAGAUUAAUUGAACCUUAUCGCAUUUUUUACCCCUGUUGGUGGUCCUGACUGCUGAUAUUGACGGAUUAUUAUAUAUUGGUUGACCGACUACGUGUUGAC